UUAGUGUUAUUGAUGAGUGAAGUAGACAGGUUUUUCAUGGAUCUGGAAGCAAAGUUAAUGUAUGUGCAACAACAUGAGAGAUUUGAUGCAACGAGGAUCUUUUCGUGGAAAGAAUAUUCUUGAAACUGUGAGCAGAGCUCUCAGUCCUUCUAGAAAUCGAUCCAAAAGUCCGAGUGCUGACAAAAAUAAUAGUGAUGUUUCCCAGAGCAAUAAAACUCGUAAUGGGCAAGGAAGAAAUGGGAAAAAUCGGGAAAAGCUUGAUCAAAGAAAUUCGUCAACUAAAUCUGACGUCACACGGAAGGAAAAGGAUAUCAGAAAUGGCGGCAACAAACAGAAAAAGACGUCGUCUAAUUCUUCCAGUGAAAUUAAAAAUGAAGACUCAAGGAAGUCCAGUGAAAUUAAAAAUGAAGACUCGAGGAAAUGUCCUGCCAUUGAAACGGACACAAUUAUUGAAGAGAAAGGCCUACAGGACCAACGGUCUUCCUCUGGAGCGUCUUCGCAGGCAUCAGGAGAUUCAACGCCCACCAAGCCUACCAACGCAGUGUCCCCAGAUAACGACGACAAUGUCCCCGACGGUAAUAUCAACGAUGAGAGGGAGGAAAGCGUGUACAUGUCGCGUAAGUUGCUCUUCCGUAAAAUGAUAGAACUCGAAGUCAAAGAGCUUGGCAAGCCUGACUGUAGCACAGCAGAUGUUGUUUCUGUCGCUGAUUCUUGGGAUGAUCUUGAAGAAAAUUUUUCGAAAAUAUAUGAACCAAUUCCGGCUCGAGUUGCUCCUUCAAAGAAACAAAAGAAAAAAACAAAAUCAAAUACUUCAUUACCAAAAGGCUAUAAACCCGAAGACAGGAAAAUACAGAACGAUGAAGUGUUUUACAACUCCAAUUAUUUUUUGUUAGGCAAAAGUGAAAAGCCGCCAACUGCUCACCCACAGUACGUUUGCUCGACUGAAAUGCGUGACAGCGGCUUUUCUCCUACAAGCGAACUCGAGGUGUUUGCUGAAGUGCAUCGCUCUCUAAGUGACUCCUCAGACUCUGACAUCAACAACGAAGAGCCUGAUGGCAGUCCCUCAGUAGAGGCUGAUUAUGAAACUCGCACUGAUCUGUACCGCAAUAUCAGAAAUUUACGGAAUUCGCUGGCUCGUCGGCAGCAGCAGAAAAAGCGCGACGAAGAUGUUGACUCUUGGAAAUCAAUGACCACCGACGACGAGCCAGUUUAUGUCUCCCGCUCAGAAAUAUUGUCACGUCACGAACUUUCUCCUCUACCAAUUUCAUUGAGCAGUGCACAUGGUUCGAGCCUCGCCAGACACUCUAGCAGACAUUUUAUUUCCAGGUCUGAAAUUUUGGCUCGACUCGAUAAAGUUCAGGAAUUAGAUGAAUGUAGAGCGCGAUCACCAGAAGCCGGCUCGGUGUCUUCACAUGACUCAUGGUCAGUGAAAGAACAUGAUUUGCUUUUUGAUAAGAGAAUUAUUCCUUUUUCGGGCCAAAAAAGCGGCGCACAAGACUAUACAUCAAUCCAAUCAAACGGAAGUUAUAUGGAUUUUGAAGCCGAUCUAUCGUGUAGCGAGAUCGAGAGUCGCGAAUGUUGUGGCUUGGACAGCAAACGCAGGCGACAUGAGCAGCGCGAAGCAGCUGCCGCGGAACUACAGCGGCGCGUGAUGGCUGUGUUGGCCACGCAGCAACAUAUCGCGCCGUCUACCAAAACAAAAGUCAUGGAUAUAAUCAAGCAACACAUCGACAGCAAUAACGACUCCUUAGACUACGAACAGUUCGAAAUUAAAAACGAAGAGAUCCGAAAUAAAUUGAAGGAAGCUUUGGCUCAUGACUGGGAAACACUGAGUAACAUCAACUUAGGACUUAUUUACGUGCCUAUGGAAGAGAAUCUCAGCCUCCGUUCUAAAAAGUCAGCUGCAAGUCGUGACGUGUCUGACUAUGACACUUUCGGAAGCUUGGACUCAUUAAUAUUUGAGCCCAAAGUUCCGUCUGAGGAUGCUAUAUCUGAAGCAUCCGAAGACAGCGUGUGUGAUAAUUCUCAACUGAGUAUCAGUUUGAGUGCUCUGCCGCAGUCAAAGUAUGAUGUCGAGACUGAGUUCAAGAGCAUAGGAAAAGACAAUUGCGAGCGAUGA